AUGACAGCGCGUUUUGACGACGCGGCGCCCACGAGCCAGUUUCCAGGUGUGUUGUGGUCUCUGCGGGUGGCUCGGCGGGUGGAGUCGCUGCAGAACCCUCCUUCGCAGAGCGAAGUGGCAGCCACCCGCCGCUUUCUGGGCGCCCGCGUAGUCUACGAUGCCAGGCUUAACGUGCUGCUUCUGCCCAUCGCCGUGCUGCUGAGGCCCGUGCUGUACCCGGUGGACGUGCCCAUCGAGAUGGCCAUGGGCACGCUAGGAUCGCUGUUGGCCGAGGAGCUCUACCGGGCCCUGCUCCCGCCACCCGAAGACAUGGACCUUUGGGCUACCGGAACGAGGCACGCCAUUGACAGGUUCGAGCAGUGCCUCCGGUCCUUGUGGUUGAGCAAGACGAACGAGACGUUGGCGUCCUCCCCGACUGAAGCCGAUGGCCGAGGCGCACCGGGAACGUAUGGCGCCGGCGAUCUGCUGCUCUGGACGCAAGGUGCGCGACUGGCUUUCGCCGGCCUCAAGGAGGCACUGAGCGGCUUCCACCGAGCCACCAACUGGCCCAGCUACUGGCGUCGUGCGCAGAAAAGCUUCUUCCGCCGAUUCUGCCAGCUGCACUGCUCGGCGAGCAAACCCAGUUCGCGACUGCGCUGCCUCCUGCCGCUCGCGAACAUGGUCGAGUUCGCCGAAGCCUUCGAGUGCCCGGCCUCCGCCGCACCGAAAGGCGCCACAGGCAGCUACUGCGUGCUGGAAUAGUUUUGUUGGUUGUUUUGACUUUAUUGACUUCUGCGAGUGCACGCAUGUGACCAGAUGGCGUGUAUAACAUUCGCGUGCUCCCCAGUAUGGGUUUGCAAUUAUGAACUUCUGGUUCCGCCAAC